AGUGUUUGUGCGAUAUGUUUCGCACUUUUGGUUGAUCGAGGACUGGUGAAAUACGAAGAUCUUGUUACGAAGUAUUGGCCAGAAUUCGGACAAAAUGGCAAGGAAACCAUCACUAUUGAUCAACUGCUUGCCCAUCAGGCAGGAUUAGCGUUCGUCGAUGGAAAAAUCGAAGAAGCCGACGUGAAGGAUUGGACGAGGAUGUCGAAAUUAUUUGAACAACAGAAACCGAAUUGGACACCCGGAGAAUGUGUUGGCUAUCAUGCGAUGACAAUCGGCUGGUUGUAUGAUCAGUUGGUGAGACGAAUUGAUCCAAAGAAGCGGUCGCUAUCGACGUUUUUCAAGGAAGAAAUCGCCAUACCAUACGAUAUUGAGUUAGUGAUCGGUGCCGGAGCCGAACUCGAGCAUCGCAUAGCACGAUUGUCUGCAUCCAAUAAGAUCACGGCUCUACGAGAAAUAGUACAAUAUCCAAUUAUACUGAGGAUGGUUUGGAACUUAAUCGCCGCUCAAACGUACAGCUAUAACUUAUUGAGUAAAGUUGCACACAAUGUGGCUUGGUUGGGAAAUGUAAUUUUUUUCAACCAAAAUUUCGAAUAUUUUCAGACUGAAUUUCAGAACGUUUUACUUCUGAACAAUCCAGAUUUUCGGAGCCUGGAAAUGCCCUCGGCAACCGGCAUGAGUACAGCGCGAGCACUGGCCAAACUGCAUUCGUUGGUCACAUCAGGCAAACUGCUUAAGCCAUCAACCAUGCAGAGGAUCACCUCACCGGUUGUUGUCGAUCAGUUGGAUCUGGUCUUGAACAUCCCGGAAACGAAAGGAAAAGGAUUCAUUUUUACAAAAAAUAUCAAGGUUUUCACAUGA